ACGCCGCGAGGCCGAGCGCCGCCACGCGUCUCUGGGGGCUGCCGCUGGCCGCGUGCGGGGCGCUGCUGAGGCAGGGCCGGCUGCUGCCUGAUCACCUCACAACGGCGCCACUCAAGCGUCCUCAGCCACCGCCGAGACACGCGCCACAAGCUCCGCGAACAACCGCUCGACCGCGCGCCCGCUCGCAGAAAGAGCCGCGGUUUGGGGGCGGGACAGAAAUAACUGGCGCCGACGCCGACGCGCACGCGCGGAACGCUCAUCAUGGAUUUCGGGCCUAUCUGGAUAAACCAAAAUGAACUAAUCUUGAUGGCGGCUGCGGAGGCAGUGCACCAUAUCCACCUGCAGAACUUUUCUCGAUCACUGCUUGAGACCCUCAAUGGACAGAGGCUUGGUGGGCACUUCUGUGAUGUAACUGUGCGCAUCCGUGAGGCUUCCUUGCGAGCACACCGCUGCGUGCUGGCUGCAGGCUCCCCCUUCUUUCAGGACAAGCUGCUGCUUGGCCACUCGGAGAUCCGCGUACCACCAGUGGUGCCUGCACAGACUGUGCGCCAGCUGGUUGAGUUCCUCUAUAGCGGCUCCCUUGUGGUGGCACAGGGUGAGGCUCUGCAGGUGCUCACAGCUGCAUCCGUGCUUCGCAUCCAGACAGUAAUAGAUGAGUGCACACAGAUUAUCGCACGUGCUCGUGCCCCAGGAACCCCUGCACCAGCCCCCCUGCCAGCACCUGUGCCCCCACCGCUGGCACCUGCACAGCUGCGCCACCGCCUGCGUCACUUGUUGGCUGCACGACCCCUGGGGCACCCUGGUGUAGCACAUAGCCGCAAGCAACGCCAGCCUGCACGUCUUCAGCUACCUGCACUCCCAGCCAAGAUAGAGGGUCCUGAUGCAGACCCAGUACUUCCAGUUCCCGAGGAUAGAGGUGAGGAUGAGGAGGACACCGAUGGCGAAACCGACGGCGAGGAUGGUGACGGUGGUGGCCCAGGUGAGGGCCAGGCGCCCCCUUCUUUCCCUGACUGUGCAACUGGCUUCCUCACUGCUGCUGCGGACAGCGCUCGAGAGGACCCACCUGCCUCUGCUGGCCUCACUGACUAUGGCAGUGCAGGCAGAGAUUUCCUUCGCGGGGCUGUGGUGGCCGAGGACGUGUUUCCAGAAAGCUAUGUAUCUGCUUGGCACGAGGAGGGUGGCACUGCCACAGAAGGCUGUCCUGCUGAGACCCCUGCUCCACCCGACUGCUCCCUGGCAGGACCCCGGGUGCCUGGCGUGAAAACCUCAGGAAUGCCUGUAGCACUUUUCCCCUUUCACCUGGGCACGCCGGGGCCACCCCAGCCAACCCCUCCUGCACCAUCAGGGCCAGCUCCUGCACCCACAUCCACCUUCUACCCUGCACUCCAGCCUGAGGCCGCCCCCAGCACUCAGCUUGGGGAAGCCCUGGCCCCGCCUGUGGUGCCUGCCAGUGCCCCUUCAGGUCCCCCUGUUCGUGUUCCCGGAGCAGAGCAGCCUGCCUACGAGUGUAGUCACUGCCGUAAGACGUUCAGCUCUCGGAAAAACUACACCAAGCACAUGUUCAUCCAUUCUGGUGAGAAGCCACACCAGUGCGCAGUGUGCUGGCGAUCCUUCUCGCUGCGCGACUACCUGCUCAAGCAUAUGGUCACACACACUGGCGUGCGCGCCUUCCAGUGUGCAGUUUGCGCCAAGCGCUUCACACAGAAGAGCUCCCUCAAUGUGCACAUGCGCACACACCGGCCGGAGCGCGCUCCCUGCCCCGCCUGUGGCAAGGUCUUCUCGCACAGAGCGCUGCUGGAGCGCCAUCUGGCUGCGCACCCUGCCACCUGACGCGGGAUCUGGCUACACCCACCAAGAAUCGACUGCGCCCCACAGCAGUUGGCUACUGCUGCCUUCCUUCACCACCACUCCACUCUUCCCUGCCCUAUCCCUUUCUCCAGACUGAACCUGGGGCCCAGCCUUGGUGUAGACAGGGCACAGGGCCUGCUCCGUCACUCCUCUCUUCCACGUCCUUGGACCCUCUAGGUAGGGCAAGGUCCACAAAGGGGACAGUCAGAGACCUGGCCACUAAGAACUGGACCAUUUCCAGUCUGAAAGUAGGCUCACAGGCCCUAGGAACUGGGUCCAGGGUUUAAAUCUCUGGUGUUGAUUUGCGCGCGCCUCCCAUUAGCUGUAGGGUUGGGAUACAGCUCUGUCUGAAUAUUGGUUGAAUGAUGUCCCUGGGCCCCACUUGGCACUACCCCUUCCUCAUCCAGGGCCUGAGAAAGCCCAGAUGGACCCAUCAUGGAAUAGGUCAGACCUUGGAACUCUCACUUCUCACUUUAUAAUAAAAGACUCUGGUCAGUGCA